AUUAGAAAUUAAAGGAAAGAGAAGGCUACAGAAAAGGACAAAGAAGCUUCUUUUCUGCAUCAACAAAACCAGCUCCUUUUGGGGUGGCCAGAAAGAGUCUCCCAUUCUUGCUCUCUUCCUUCAAUAAACCUAUACUCUUCUUUUCCUUCUUCUUGUUCAUUUAGAGAAAUCCAGGGCUUUCCUGAUUGUGUGUUUGUGCUUCAAAGUUUGAUGUCUAUACCCCUGGAACACGAUUACAUAGGCCUAUCAGAGACUUCUUCACUGGAAAGAAGCUCUGACAAGAUCUCAUCUUCUUCCUCAACUGUCACAACUAAGGAUGAGAACAGUAAUGUUUUCAACCUCAAAGAAACGGAGUUGAGACUUGGUUUGCCUGGUUCCUUGUCUCCUGAAAGGAAGGCUGGACUGGGGAUAUCUCUCUUUGGGAAGGAUUUUGAGGAUAAGACAAAUGGGUAUUCACACAGCCCUCUGAAGAACUUUGUCUCGGGGGCUAAGAGGGGCUUUUCUGAUGCCAUUGAUGCGUCUGGAAAUUGGGAUCUCUCUAUGAACGGUGGAUCUGAGGUUGAUUUGGCCAAAGGUUCUGUUUUGUUCCCUCCUACAGGUGGGAAAAGUGCUUUGGAGAAAAUCAAUACUCAGCAGUCAUGUUUGCCCGGGCCAGCUAAGAAAGAUGCUGGUGUUCAUUCUCCUCAAAAGCCUAUUCAAGAGAAGAAGACUUCUCCUGCAAACGAUAAUAAUAGUGCUCCCGCUGCUAAGGCACAGGUGGUAGGAUGGCCACCUAUUCGUUCUUUCCGAAAGAGCACCAUGGCCACCAACUCAGCAAAGAACAGUGAUGGAGUGGAUGAAAAAUCAGGCUCAGGAUGCAUUUAUGUGAAGGUCAGCAUGGAUGGUGCACCAUACCUAAGGAAGGUUGACCUCAAAACCUUCCGCAACUAUGCAGAACUUUCAUCCGCUCUUGAGAAGAUGUUCAGCUGCUUUACCAUUGGGCAGUGCACUUCUCAUGGGCUUCGAGGACGAGAGGGGCUUAGUGAGAGUUGCUUGAUGGAUCUACUCCAUGGCUCUGAAUAUGUACUAACAUAUGAAGACAAGGAUGGUGAUUGGAUGCUUGUUGGUGAUGUUCCUUGGGCGAUGUUCACAGACUCAUGCAAGAGAUUAAGGAUCAUGAAAGGCUCGGAGGCUAUUGGACUAGCUCCAAGGGCCAUGGAGAAGUGCAAGAACCGAAACUAGUACAUCAAGCAACUGCAAAACCAAUGAAGAGGCAUUUUAUGAGGAGCUAAGGGUUUUAGGUUUGCGCUCUGCUCCAAAAUCUUGUAAUAUGGUAGAUUUGUAGUGUUCAUGGAUUGAAAAACUCACUUCUAUGUCAAAAAUAACUGGAGACAUCCAGAUUUGUGGUAAUUCUAUUAUUUCUAAAUGUGUAUUUUUGUACUCAAAUUAUGUGCAAACGGAGUGUUUGGUGGUUGCAAAUCUCAAUGUCACUUGUCCAG